CAAGUCCUCUGGGGAUGUUUCUUCCUGUGGGAUCUCUACAUCUCAUCUGCCCAGACCGUUUACCCUGGAAUCAAGGCCAGGGUUACUCAGCGGGCUCUGGACUAUGGCGUUCUAGCCGGGGUGGAGAUGAUUGAGCAAAUGGUUAUGGAAAAAAAUAUCCCAGACCUAAAAGGUUCUGAAUCUCUGGAAUUUCUGAAGGUUGAUUAUGUGAACUACAAUUUUUCAAACAUAAAAAUCAAUGUCUUUUCAUUUCCAAAUACUUCAUUAGCCUUUGUGCCUGGGGUGGGAAUCAAGGCCCUGACCAACCACGGCACUGCCAACAUCAGCACCAACUGGGAAGUCAAGUCUCCACUCUUUCAAGACACAGGAGGAGCUGAUCUGUUUCUCUCUGGGGUCUACUUCACCGGUAUCAUUGUCCUGGCCCUCAAUGACUUUGGUCACCCGAUCCUGAAGCUCCAAGACUGCUACGCCCAAGUGAGCCAUGCCCAUGUGUCAUUUUCGGGAGAACUCAGUGUCCUGUACAACUCCUUUGCUGAGCCCAUGGAGAAACCUAUUUUAAAGAACUUAAAUGAAAUGCUCUGUCCCAUUAUCAUGAGUGAGGUGGAAGCCCUGAACGCCAAUCUCAGCAUGCUAGAAGUUUUAACCAAGAUUGACAACUAUAUUCUGCUGGAUUAUUCCCUCAUCAGUUCUCCAGAAAUCACUGAGAAUUAUAUGGAGCUGAAUUUGAAGACCCUUCAAGGGCGCCUGGGUGGCUCAGUCGGUUAA